UUUUUAACCAAAAAAAAAUUUGAUUUUUGUUUAUGUGCCAAUUUUAGUUAUACAAUUACUUUAAAUUUUGUUUUUAGUUUAUGAAUGUUGCUGUUUUCUGUUAAUAAUGAGUGAGCUUGAAUAAAGAAUAUUACUCUAAUAUAUAUAGAGUGACUUAGUGUUAUAAUUAAUAAAAGAUUUGGUAAAAUUAGAGAGAAUAAGAAAUAUGUAAAUCUUUCAUGUAUGUCUUUACUCAGAGAUGUUCAUGAAGGGGAGAUGGUAAGCUUUUUCUCCCUCUUUCUCUUCUCUUCUCUGUCAUCUAUUUCAUUUUUGUUUUUAAUAGAAACUAUUAUUUGGUGUCGAUGUUCAUCUAUUUCAUAUUCUUUCAUGAAUGAACAUCUCACUGUAUAUCCAAUUUUGUUUAGUGGGUCUCAUGGAAACGGUUAAUUUAAUUUAAUUUUUAUUUUAAAAAUGCCUUCAAGUUUUCAUCAGUAUUUCAAAAAUAAAUUUAUAUUUUUGUUAAAUUAGCCUUUGAGCUAAAACCAUCAUCCAAUUUCAUCUCAUUUGCAAAUGAGAGAUAGAGAUAGAGAGAGAAGCAUAGAGUGUUUGAAGGUUGGAGGGAAGAAGAAAGAAGGUUGGAGCGUAAAAGCUAAGAACUGAGAAGCUCUUUCAACCUUCUGGGUUGCUCUCCAAUGGCCUCCUUCACGCUCCCAUGCUCCAAGGCUUCCGCUCUUGCCGGCUAUGGCUCGUCGAUUGCUCAGAAGAAUUCGCACCAGAACCACAUUAAACAGAAUCUUCCCCUUAAUCGCCGUGGAUUUUAUCUGAAGGAUUCUUUUUCGUUCGGAUCUUCUCUUAUCGACUCCUCGUUUUCUGGGAUUGAGGUGUCAAACAAGAAGAGAUCUGCUGGUUUAGUUAUGAAUGCACUUAAUGAGGUGGUUGUCGGAAAAACGUUGAAUUCUGCACCUGCGCUCGUCUCUACGCCUGGGAACACGCCAUCCGGAGGAGAAAUGGACACUGCAGUUGGAGUUCCAGAUCAAAAUUCUCUUCCAGACGAGUUGUCAAUAUCGACCUUCAUGAGCCAAGUUUCAGAUCUCAUCAAACUUGUUGAUUCAAGAGACAUCAUGGAACUGGAACUGAAGCAAGGGGAUUGCGAAAUCAUAAUAAGAAAAAAAGAAGCUUUACAGCCAUUAGCAGCAGCACCAGCAGCUGCACCAAGUCCAUACAUGGCACUGCCACCACCUCAAGCGCAUAGCAUGGUUGCACCUCCGCCCAUCCCUGCACGCGCAGCGGCCAGUUCUCCAUCUGCAGCACCAAAAGUGGGUAGUUCUCAUCCGCCUUUGAAAUGCCCGAUGGCCGGAACGUUUUAUCGAAGCCCUGCACCGGGAGAACCUCCAUUUGUGAAGGUGGGAGAUAAAGUACAGAAAGGACAAAUCAUAUGCAUCAUUGAAGCCAUGAAGCUAAUGAAUGAGAUUGAGGCUGAUAAAUCUGGAACCAUAGUUGAAAUAUUGGCUGAAGAUGGCAAACCAGUUAGCGUAGACACGCCACUUCUUGUGAUCGCACCUUGAUGACCUUCAAGAGAACAGAACAACCUUUGCUUCUCUUUUUUAUAAAUAUUUUAGGUUCGAAGUUCUAAAUUUAACACCUUUGGAAGAUGUUUACUCGAUGUAUCAUACUCGAUCAUUCGGAUGCCAUCAAUUUCGACUUUAUGCAUAUUAUCUUCAUUCAAAUAUCAGUAAGUAAACUUUUCAUGCUUUU